AUGUUCGACAGCAACGCGGCAAAAGCUGAUGCCAAGUGCCACCUGGACGCGCUGCUCUUCUGCGUCUUUGAUAAGGAUGCAGGGCCGAUCGUCCAGUGCGCGGACCCGCCAGGGGCAGGCAUCGCAUUUCAGCAAGUGGGUCAUUACCUGCUUCCAGAUUCAACGAUCAAGGGUCGAGUGGUCUCCAUCGUGUGUGGCGAUCGAGUCAUGAUGGGCACCCCCGUGUACAUCGAGGACGCGUUCUACCAUCGCAACAGCUUUCAAUUCAACGUUUGUAUGGUGAUAGACAGCAGCCAACACCAUGAGCCAUACCGGGACGUAGCACAGCUUCUGGCCAUGUCUUUCCACUCCCUGGAGGUUGACACCAGGUUACUCUCAAACCCGAGAGACAAGAUCUCCAUCCAGGACAUCUUAGCCAGGUUGCGUCUACAGAUUAACGAUGCGGAGGAGUGCUUUGUGCGAAUAGACAUGUCUCACGCCAUAUCCUUCAAGGUCCGCCGAUGGGUUCCCGCUCUCACGAAGAUCGAGGAUGACACCUUGGUCCCCGUACCGAUGAUCGACUUGCAUCAGCUAUAUGACAACACAUCGAAGAGGUCUGCCGCCAAACUACCGGCCCUGCCCUUCAGCUUAGACCCAGCUGUGGCAGAAGUGCUGCCGCUCAUUAACGGUGUAAGCAGUGUCCAAUGCAUAGCUCGCAACUGUGCGCUCAGAAGCGACUACGUUGUGAUGAUCCUACGACAUUUGCUCCAUUUCAACCUGAUACGUUUGAUCCCCGAUAUCCGAAUGGAGUGUAAGUAUCGGCUUACGCCUGCAUACCACACGGUGCUUGAAGAUGCAGCAUUGGGGCAGCAAGCAGUGCAUUAUGUUACCGGCGGCAAACGCAGGGUUGACAACCUGCCCGAUGAGGAGCAAGACGCGGAGAUUCAAAAGGUGAUGGCACUCUACGCCUUGUUGGCCUGUGAAGGGCAAGACCUCGGUCACUUCCAACAGGUUUUCGAAAAGGACAUCAAGGAACUACAAAUCUCGUUGAGGCAUUUCAUGACGUGGGGGCUGCUUCAGGGAUAUUUAGAAAGAGUUGAGGAGCAUGUCGGCAGCCUCAACAAAGCCGAAGCAGAUGAGCUCUUCAGGCUUCGCACUCGCGACAUUCCUCAAAAAAAGCCGCAGCCUCAUAGUUGGACUGCUAAACGGUCCCGCUGCACAGGCUUGCAAAAAAGCUCCUCCUAG